GUCCACUUCUAGCGCAGGCUUUUAAUCUCAACGCCUCCCAUGGCGAUUUUGUGGGAUGGUGAUGGGGUCUGCUUGGCUUGAGCCUCUAGUGCCUGAGUGAGUAAAAGAAGUCUUAUAAGACCAUCAGAGUCUGCUGUCUUCUCGCUUAUCUAUCUUUCAAUUUAACUCUUUCAUUUUUACCGGACUAUUCUCUAUUUACUCAACUCUGCCCCUUGAUAUCAUUUUAUCAUGCGUCUCCUCCCUGUCACUGUCCUGGGCCUCGUCUCUGUUGCCGCUGCUGCCAACGCCGAUGCCUACACUGAUGCCUACGCUAAUCUCAAGACCUGGAACGACGUCAUGGGUGACAUCCCCAACUGCAUGAAGAAGACCAUGAACAUCUUCUACAAAGAUGGCGUCGUGGACAAGGAGUGUGGUGCCCCUGAAAAGGCCACCGAUGACUGUCUGUGCAAGCCCAAAAUCAAAGAGGACAUCUCCUACAUCAUGACUGGUGUGAGCGACCUGGACAGCGCCUUCAAGAACGCAUGCACCCAUUCCGAGUACACGGAUAAUAGCAACAAGCUAGAUGGUCUGGAUAAGCGCCUCAAGGGUUUGCAGAGUCAUUGUCUAGCCAUGUCGUUAGAGGAUAGUAAAGACAACUCUGAUCCCGAUAAUGACUCCGAUUCUAACAGCGCUGGUUCCCUCCUGCCUGGUGUGAGCAAGUCUAUGCUUGUUAUUGGUGCUCUUGUUCUCCCUGCUGUACUUUGAAUAGAAGUAUUUUCGCAUAUAAUAAUCAUGAAAUCUUGCCUAUA